AUGUGGAUUCUGUUAGUGCUGGGUGUGCCUCUCGUCGCUGCGGUUAAGGAUGGACCUCCAGACGGCUUCAUGUCCGAAUGUCCGGGAAUGACCCGCAACACGUCAAUGUCUGAAGAGACGAAGAAUUCCUUAAGUGUCCUUGUAAUGUGGCCAAGUGACAGCUGGUUCGGACAUGAAGAUGUGAGCUGCAAGCUUAGUAUUUCUGGUGCUGGCUGCGUGGCCAAGCACAUCGAUUUGAAGAAGGAUGUUGUGGUGAUUAUAAGCGGUUACUUGGACGCAACCUUUUCUCCGAUCGUCCAAACCCUGGUGAAGCCCUACCUAGAUAGGGGGAAAAAUGUGAUAGCUGUGGAAAUAUUCCCGGUGCUCGUGCGUACAUACCCAUUAGCGGCGCGUCUAACCAAACCACUGGGUUUGGUUCUUGGAGAUUUUCUAGCUGAAUUGACGAGGAGGGGGUUGCAGCCUGAUAAAUUGGAAAUGCUUGGUGGUAGUCUGGGAGCUCAUAUAGCAUAUUACGCAGCGAUAAGAUACCAAGAGCUCACGAAUUUGAAGCCAGCUAGAGUAACUGGUCUAGAUCCAGCAGGUCCUUGCUUCCGUCAUCUUCCGCGCGAGGAGCGUUUCAACUCGGACGCAGCCCAUCGCGUUGAUGCCCUUCACACAAACAUAGAUGGUUUUGGGAUAGCAGACGCAGAUGCGCACAUCGACUUUUACGCGAAUGGAGGAGAAUACCAACCAUACAUGACAGGAACGUUCAUCAUGCCAUGCUUCCUCUUCUGCAGCCACGUCAGAGCUGCCCUUUACUGGAUAGUAGCGAGCGAGAACCCGGACAAAUUCUUAGCAGUGCAAUGCGAGUCUCUCCACCACGCAAGGCACGGGAAUUGCUACGACAAAAAAACACGCAGUAACGUACUAGGUCCCAACACCAAUUUCAGCCGCCCAGGCAUAUUCUACUUGCCGACAACCGAAACGCCACCUUAUUACCUUGGCGAUAAAGGCUUGACGAGGAGAAAGUACGCCGUUAACUCUUAUUUAUUAAAAACAGCGCCGGAUAAGGAUCUCGUCCUUUGA